CAUGAGGUGCUAGCUUAACCUGUGACACUCCGCGCCGAGCAGACUAAUAUAACAGGAUCUGUCAUCAACGCCGACUUGGGACUCUAAAUAUCUAUCUCUGGACGACGUUUAGUUAUCCAUCUCGAUCUUUUGUCCUACAAACUACACCGCUCUUUGAUCUUUGAUCGCACUACGAGCACCCGAAGACCCCGAGAUACGAGUGUGGGGUAGACAACAACCAGACAACCAACAAAGAGUGAAGAUGGCGGAUUUCGAAGCGCCACCAGGGCCACCACCCCCCAAAGUGCCAGAGGGAUGGAAAGCCCAAUGGAACGACCAAUAUAAAGAAUGGUUCUACGUAAACAUCUACACCAAGAAAUCCCAAUGGGACAAGCCCACCGCCCCCGUAUACCCCCCCGACUCCUCCGCGCCCCCCAUCGGCGCACCCCCCUCCUACGGCGGCGCCACCCAACCCACCUCCGACGCGAAGGUGAACCCCUACGACACCCCCGACGCGACCAAAAGCACCGUCGACGAAGACGCCCGUUUGGCCGCCCAGCUCCAAGCUGAGGAGGACCAGCGCACCCGCGGCCACCAGAACCCGAACUACGGCGGUGGCCCACCCGGCGGCGGAUACCCCAGCAACACCGGCAGCCCGUUCCCAGAGGAGCAGGCGCGCGGAGAGAAGAAGAAGGGCGGAUUCCUCGGCAAGCUGAUGAGCGCCGCGAGCUCCAAGACCAGCGGUGGAGGCAGCCACGGGUACCCCCAGCAACAGCAAGGGUACGGGCAGCAGCAGAUGUACCCCCAGCAGGGCUACGGACAGCAGCAGCAGAUGGGAUAUCCGCCUCAGGGCUAUGGACAGCAGCCGAUGGGGUAUGGACAGCAGCCGAUGUAUGGCCAGCAGCCUAUGUAUGGCGGCGGCGGGUACGGCGGGUAUCCGCAACAGCAGCAACAGCGGAGGCAGGGAGGUGGUGGUGGUAUGGGGAUGGCGGGUGGUGCGGCGUUAGGGUUGGGAGGAGGGUUGAUCGGAGGGAUGCUGAUUGCCGAUGCGAUGCAGGACCAUGACCAGGAGCAGUAUGAUCAGGGGUAUGAGGAUGGCGGCGGUGGAGAUGAUGGGGGUGAGUAAGUGUGUUUGAGGAGAGGCUAGAGAAGGGAGGUGGCUGGAUUGUUUGUGGCUGGGAGGUUACGUGGAUUUCGAUGUUUUCGUCGUUCUGGUGCUGUUCGUUGUGGUGCUGUGGAGGAUUGAGAUGAUGCGGUCGUAGAUAGUCGCGGAGGACCGCUUGGACGUCCUGAUUAAUACGGGAAUCCUGAUAUCUUGUCAUCUACUUAUUCCCCUAACAGUGAUUUGCAUUCUUCCGUCUUGUGAAAACCAAGCCCAGAUAGCAAAACCGAGAAUACACACCCCUACAACGGGAUUUACAAUGGUGCCGCUCGUAUGCAACGGGCAAACCUAUCCCAUAUAAAGUACUAGCUUUGUCGAAUAAAUCAAUUUCGUGUAAGGAAACAAAAAUGAACAACAGUUGUCAGAUGU